AUCAAUGAGGAGAAGGCGUGGCUGUGGGUGGGCUGAGGAGCCCCUCAGCGCCGGGCCGGGCCUGCCUUCCAGCCCCCCCUUCGGGCUCCCACAGCCUCCUGCGCUCCUCACCCGUGAGGAUCCGCCCGGACUCUGGGCCGUGGUCCCUCCCCGCCUUUCCGUCAGAGCCCAGCUCCUGGUCCCCACCCGGGCAGGCAGGAACAGGCGCCCAGCCCCCCAAGCCGGGAGACGCAGGCGCUCAGCCUCCGGGAGGGAGCCGCCGCUGCUCCCGCAGACCCCAGGUGAAGGGGGAGGCCGGCAGGGGGGCUCGUGCCAGGACCUCCUGGGGCCCAGACGACCCCCCAUUCAGCGAGCCUCGAUGAGGUCUGCCGGAGACGAGGCUGGGGAGGCGCAGGAACCCCCCAACCUUGGCUCUGUCCGCGGCCCGAUGUGCUCUGCAUGUGACUCCUGCAGGGCUGCUCCCCCACAUUCCCGGCUCACAGGCCCAGCCGUCCACACCAGCCCGGACGACUCGCUGGCCCCUCACCCCUGCCUCCCCGGCCUUCGGGGGCACGAUCCCCCGGCCCAGGUUUGUCUCCUGCCUGACCGCAGUCCCCAGCUGGGAGCUGCCGCUUCUCGGGGGCUCUUACAGCCAGCCAACAGUGCAGCUAUUUCUGUUCCAGCCUAGAGAGGAGAUGGAGUUUUCCAGAGGGCCGACAAGGCCAGUCUUCUGAGGGGGCGGCCUCCGUCCCCCGAGCUCGUGAUCCCUCUAUCCUGCCUGCAAUGCAGACCUUUGUCUCCUCUCCCCAAGAAGUGGGGGUGGGGGAGGGGAAGGGCUCUCAGCGAGGGCCCCCCAGCUGGGACGCACCCUCUCAGGGAGGGGAGGGCACUCACCGCCAGGUCCAGCAUGUCCAGAGCCACGGCUUCCUCUGCCAGCAGCUGCACGGAGGAAUCGGCGUUCACUGUGACAGACCCGCUGCUCAC